AUGGCCGGGGCUCAGCGCCUUCCGCCGCCGCCCCCGGUAGCGCCGCUGAGGCGCCGCCCCGCGCCUCCCGCCCGGCCGGCCGCGACAUGGCCGCCGAGGGGCUGCGGGGGCGGCGGCCGGCGGGGGUCGGAAAAUGCGGGAUAUGUAAAAAUUUUCUUAAGACAGGAAGGCUGUCCCCUGACGUUUGAUCUUCGUAUACUUUCAGGCUUAAUCAAAAAGAAAGUAGAUUUAAUUCGUAAAGCAGGCGUGAAAUGGCUUAUCCAGCUUUUAAGUGAUUUAAUAUUUACAACUAUUCAGAGUAUGCCUGUAAGUGCAGAACUACAGUUUAUUGAAUAUGGAGAUCAGGUAAAUAUCAGGUUAAUGAAAUAGAUUCCAUCUCCAAGGAUUUUGGUAACACAUCUGAAUUGUUAUUGCCUCCCCAAGUCUAUUUUCAAGAACAAAGCUAAGAUAGUAGUGUUGUUUUAAAACUCUAAAGAUACAGCUGUUUCUUUCAUUUGCCAUUUCCACAACAAUGUGACAAGCAUCCCCAGUUACAGCUCCUGGAAUGAGUUCUCAGGAUUAGUGAAAGAGAAUGUUGGCUGGGGAUCCUGUUUUGAUCAUGGAGUCACCUGGAACAAACACAUUGAGGAUGAGAAUACUAUGGUCAUAUAUGAAGACCUGAAAGAGAACCUGACUGCCAGUGUAAAGCAGAUAGCUGAAUUCUUUGGAUUCUCCCCAACAACUGAACAGGUCCAGGCCAUUGCAGAAAGGGACACUUUGCAGGCAGUGAGAGGUAAGGCUCGGGAGAUUUCUGAUGCUGUUGGCUUGAUUCUUUUCUGCCAAGGUGUUUUUGGAGACUGGAAGAUUCUUUUCACUGAAGCUCUGAACAAGGAUGCCAAAUUCUAAGUGUGCUUAGAAGGAAUUAAACUGGGAGUGAAGUAUAAAUAUGAUGGCUAUUGUAAGGCCUGAACCUCCUUUACAUAAAAAAACCCCACUAAUGUUCAGGCUGCUUUUCAUUCACUUCUGUUUCAAAACAGAAACCAGGACAAUAUCCUAUUUAAAAAUUUUGAAUAUAUAUGCAAUAUGCAAACCUAUUUCUGCUGGCCUAACUCAAGAAAGCAAUCCUUGCCUGUGCAGUUAGUAUCACUGAGGUCACUGGAUUCUCUUAAAUGACUUGUAGCUCUUUGACCUCCCUUGUUUUUAACACUGAUUUUUAGCUUUAAUUUCUUGUUACCCAGUAGAAUGCUGUGUGAAAUAUAUAUGUGGUAAUUAAACAUGCUGAAAUCACUGGAAAUGUGUUCUGUAUGUUGGAAGUGAUUUUCCAAGGGAUUUUUUAAA